AUCGAUACGAUACGCUUGAGUGAAGCUCAGUUACACAUGGUUGUGAAAGUGGGAGUUUAUAGAGAAGCAUAUCCUAACCUGGGUUCAGAAGGAAUUUUAGAAGUAGGCCUAGGCCUACAUUUUUCACAACAAUAGCUUGAAGAUUUACUGGUGCCGUGUAUUAAAUAGUCGAGUGUAGAAGAUUCAUCUAUUAUGGAAACUGUGUUUGUAGAACAAGGACAAUUCGACGAUGCCACUGAAAUUGAAGGAUCAUUGUCCACAUCAACAAUGGAAGUCAGUCAUACUGAAAUGACUCAAGAAGAACAACUUCAUGAUCAAGUACAGGAGUUAAAUGUUAGAAGCUACGAAGAAGACGAAGAAGAUGUCUUGGAUAGUGAUGAUGAUGAUAUGUGGCAAUGGGAAUGUGAAACUGGAGAUUUUACUAAGAAGUACAAUGCCCUUCGUUCCAACACAGAACAGCCAAAUGCCAAUCAGCCAAAUAAGCAAACAACAAAAACACAAGCUUACCAGCCAAGUGAGAAGCACUUUCAGAAGUUUGUAAACAAGAUCAAAGUUGAACGCUAUGCUGGUCCUUCGUUGCCUGGUGCUGCAUCCAAUCAGCUCCUCCGUAACAGCAAGAAACAAGAAGCAGACAGAGUGAGGGUAAAAGAAAAAGCAGACAGAGCCACAGUAGAACAGGUUCUUGACCCUCGAACUCGUAUGAUCCUCUUCAAAAUGUUGAGUCGCAACGUGAUCAGCGAGAUCAAUGGAUGCAUCAGUACAGGCAAGGAGGCCAACGUGUACCACGCCACUACUAGCGAUGGUCAUCACAAAGCAAUUAAGGUGUAUAAAACAUCCAUUUUGACAUUUAAAGACAGAGAUAAAUAUGUUAGCGGAGAGUACAGAUUUCGCCAUGGAUACUGUAAACACAACCCAAGGAAAAUGGUGAGAACAUGGGCAGAGAAGGAGAUGAGAAACCUAACACGAUUACACAAUGCAGGGGUUAAUUGCCCUCAGCCAGUCAUCCUCAGGAGUCAUGUUCUAGUUAUGGAGUUUAUUGGGGUUGAUGGAUGGCCUGCUCCAUUAUUGAAGGAUGUGCAAUUGUCUGAAAGCAAGUCUCGUGAGCUGUAUUUAGAGUGUGUUCACAUGGUUAGAAAGAUUUACCAAGAUAGUAAAUUGGUUCAUGCAGAUUUGAGUGAGUUUAACAUGCUAUUUUGUGAUGAUAAAGUUUACAUUAUUGAUGUUUCUCAGUCAGUGGAGCAUGACCAUCCUCAUGCGUUGGAAUUUCUGCGAAAGGAUUGUACAAAUAUUACAGAUUUCUUUUGUAAAAAGGGUGUGUGCACGAUGACAGUGAGGGAGCUGUUUGACUUUGUAACUGAUCCAAAUAUUAACGAAAGUAAUCUUGAAGAUUAUUUGGAGAAGGCAAUGAAGAUUGCAUCUGAAAGGUCGGAGCAGGACCUCACAGAACAGGAAAAAAUUGAUGAAGCAGUGUUCAAGCAAACAUAUAUCCCAAGAUCAUUAGAUGAAGUAGAAGAUUAUGAAAAACACAUAAUAAAAAUAAAAGAAGGGGAAAAAGAAGAGAUAUUUUAUCAAACAUUAACCGGAUUAAAACCUGAUCUCAGCGGUGUGCAACAGGAGCCAGCCUUGUUGUCAGCACAAACCGAUGAAACGGUGGAAGACAGUGACACAGGGAGCAGUUCUAAUGAAGUUGAGGGCAGUACAACAGAAAAUAGACAGGAUCAGAAACACUGUAGGACAAGAGAUGAAUCACCAAAUACAAAAAAGGAAAGAAAGCAAGCAGUUAAAGACGAGAAGCGAGAAAAAAGAAAAAACAAAGUACCCAAGCAUCUAAAGAAACGAAAAGAGAAAUUAUCGCGAUUGAAUAAAGGAGGUAAAAAGUAAUGUGAAUUAACAGAGUGAAAACAAUUUUGUUAACUUUCUUAUCAAAAAAUCAAUUUUAAAUGUCAUUUUAAUCAGUCCCAUCAAGUACAUAUAUAUGUACAUUAUCAAAUAAUAAUUCCCAUUACAAUGUAUUUAUUUGGUAAAA